AUGAGCUGUGAGUGUCGCAGCAGCAGUAACAGCAGUAGCAGUGGUGACAGUGAGGAGGACAUUCAGAUGGACAGUCUGUAUCUGAAGUCUUUGGAGGGCUUUGUCACUGUGAUAACGUCCCGAGGCGACAUUAUGUUCCUCUCUUAGAACAUCAGCAAAUUCCUAUUGCUCACACAGGUGAACCUCACCGGUCACAGCAUCUUUGACUUCACUCAUCCAUGUGACCACGAGGAGAUCAGAGAAAACCUCAGCCUGAAAACAGCUGGUCAGGGGAAUGGGUUGAUAAGCGCUGAACGAGAUUUCUUCAUGAGGAUGAAGUGCACGGUGACCAACAGAGGACGCACCGUCAACCUAAAGUCAGCCAGCUGGAAGGUGCUGCAUUACCUGAAGAUGUACACCAGCUGCCCUCCAUGAGUGCUGUGUGGCUUCAAAGAGCCUCCACUCACCUGCGCUGUCCUGAUGCGCGAACCAAUCCCACAUCCGUCCAACAUCGACACGCCGCUGGACAGCAAGACCUUCCUGAGCAGACACAGCAUGGACAUGGAGGUCUCAGGUGUGUCUCCUGGAGACAAACAGAGUCCAGGACUGCUGCUGGCUCUACGGGUGAGGUUCUGA